GUCGGCGAAGUGUUUGACGUUUGGAAAUGAGGUGUUGUGUUCGCCGGGGAGGACGCGGGCUGGAGGGGCUGUGCCGUUUGAGUGUGUGGGUUUGGAAGUGUGGCGCGUGGGACCUUAGACCUUUGGGUGUUUGUUUCGUGAUGCGUAAGGCGAAUGCUAUCACGAUUCCUUGAUUGCCAAUGUGAUGUUCCUCACUUGACGUCUGCCUUCAGACCUAGGGCGGUCAUCGAAAGGGCGCUGGUCACAUGCAUCACAGUUUCUGUCGACCACUGCUAUGUGUCUCUCGACCACGCCAAGGCCACCAGCAUCGCGUUCGUUCGCAGUUCGGGAAGACUGGAGCGGGCCAGAUGUCGUGGAAAAGAUCAAUGGCAAUAUUGCAUCUCGCUGCUCGAUUUCUCUCUCCUCAGUGCCAUUCCGCUGCGAUGGUCUUCACGGGAAGCGGACGGUGUGAUGAUUUUUGCGGGGUUCUUUUUCUCUUCUUGUACAUGUGUCUGUCGUUUCAUUACAGUUACCUUCCCCCUUCCCCCCCGAACCGAACCACGCUCUGAGGUCCGGACGCAACGAUAUAGAAGUCUACGCAUCGUUUUUGUCCUCGGUCGGUAGAGGUCCCCGAGAACGCGAGGUUUCAAUCUUAUCCGACAGCCGUCACAUUGAUUUCUUACAUAUGGAUAUGGGCU